GAAUCCCCUAUAAACAAUUUUUUAUUACUAUUAACAUGUUUUUCACGUUUUGUUUCUUAUUUAUCUUCUUUCAAAUUUAAACAAGAGUAUAGUUUAAUUAUGAAAUACUAGCUGAAGGGCUAAAAAAUAAAAUAAAAAUUGAAGAAAAAAAAUUUAGAUUUUUUAAGACUAUAAACCUAUAACGGCCACCCAUGAGUAUCCCACAGAAAAUGUUAGCCCAAUCAGUCCAGCAGUUUGGCCGGCUAUACGCAACAUAUAUAUAUAUACACGAAUGUCUUGUUUUAUUAUAUAGAUUAUAUAAACAGCUGUCUUUAUUUUUGUAAAAAGUUUUGUGUUUUCUGUAUGAAAUUUGGUUUGAAUAUAAAAUAGUUUGAAUAUACAAUAGUUUCAGGUUGAAGAAUGAGUAGGUUUGACCGUGUGAAACAGUGGUCAACUUUUGCCCGAACCUGGCAUCUAUACGACGCAAAGUGGCAGAAUCCUUUUCAUUCAGCAAAGAUAAUAACGAACCACCUGGAGGGAAAGAAUAAGCCUAUUUAUCAUCCUAAGAAUGACUGUGGCGACCAUGUUGUUGUUAUUAAUAGUAAACAUAUUGCACUCCUAGGCACAUAAGCACUCUGGAGUAACUAAUGGUGCACUAUGGAUUCCUGCCUGGCAACUUCAUGAUAGAGAUCCUACUCUUAUACUUUGGAAGGCUUGUUAUAAUAACCUUGAAGGGAAUUUAACUCGACCCAAGAAUAUGGCUAGACUUCAUAUAUUUCCAGAGGACAAGGUCCCUGAAGAUCUACUGGAGAAUAUAACAAGUCAGCUUGAGCCCCUAAGACCUGUCCCUGCUACCCUAGCCGACUACUCCCCUGAGCAGCGCGACAAGUUCCCUAAAGUAUUCGACUAUCCAGAGAAAUUUGUGUCGCGCAGUCAGAUUGAAUAAAGUUGUUUAAAAUGUUUAAAAAUAGAUUUUUCAGA